AUGCCAAAGUGGGCGGAGCCACUGGAGCCUGUGCCCGCCCCCGAGAGGUCAAGGCGCAGGACCGGAAGUAUAAAAGCCCAACCCCAGGGCUCAGAAGCUGCCUGGCCGCCGGAGAGGCCGGACGCUGGUGCCCUAGCUCCCCCUGGGGAGACUCCUGCCGCCUGUGACCGCCCCGAGGACCGGCCAUACCCGCUGAGGCCGGAUGCUGACCAGACGCCGGAGAAGCCAGUAAGCCUGCUGAACUGCACGGCCUCCACUUAUCCCCAGAUGAUGGCCCACAAAGAAGCUGCCCAUCUUCACGCCAUAGCUCCUUUGGAGACGAUGCACCUAGUUUUCAUGGUGCUCUGCGCUCUGGCCUUCAUUCUCGGUGGGAUGGGGAAUGGAUUAAUCAUCUUCAUCACCAGCUGCCGGAAGAAGAAAACAGUUGAUGCCAUGUGGCACCAGAACAUGGCCAUUGCUGGAUUUAUCUUCACCAUCUUCCUGCCUCUCAUGAUGGCUCAGGUGGCCCUGGGCGUCCACUGGUAUUUGAGAAGUGUCCUGUGCAAGAUAACCAACAUUAUCACCUCCCUCAGCAUGUUCUCUAGCAGCUUCCACCUCACGGCCAUCAGCGCCGACCACUGUGUCAACACAGUUUGGCCCGCGUGGGCCCAGAACCACCGCACAUUCCAUCUGGCCUCCCUGAUUGGACUGGGCAUCUGGAUUCUGGCUGUCAUAGUCAGCUGGCGCUACCAUGACCUCUGCUCCGAUCAGAGCCUCUUGUUGAGAGAGAGUGGAGAAGCAGCCAACGUCGCUACCCGGUUCCUGGUUGGGUUUCUGGUCCCACUAGCCUUGAUCAGCAUCUGCUUGGUCACCCUAGCUGCCAAACUGGGCCAGAAACGGGCGGCUUGGUCCAAAAAGCCCCUCCAGACCCUCCUCAUCUUGCUCGUCAUUUUCUUCCUCUGCUGGUCCCCGUAUCACGUCAUUGCCUUCCUGCAGACCUCACCCAAAGCAUCAUCUCCAAAGACAACAGAAUCCCUGGAGACUGGGACUGUCUUUGCUCAUGGCCUGCUCUGUUUCAACAGCUGCUUCUACCCCUUCUUCUACCUUAUCACACGACAGCAUUUUGUUGGCUGCCGGAGACGGAGGCGGAUCUGUCGAACCCCAGUCAAUGUGGGAUCAGAGCUGGUUGAGUUGGGGGCAAAUAGAUAGGGGGCCACUUUCCUAGAGGAGAGUAGUGAUUGUAAUUCCUUGGGGUCGUAUCACUGGUUACUUGUGACAAUCAGUUUUUGUACAGGACUAUUUUUUU